AUGGGUCUCACCAGCUAUUUCAAAGCUGGCAACAAGUCAGAAACUACCCCUCAGUCAGAUGGUUCAACCUCGAGACCAAAUCGAAGUCAGCAACCUUCAGCAAUGUCAGAGAAGCCACCCUCGUCCUUCCAAAGCGGUGGUAACGACAUGGAGCUUCAACCACCGACUCCUCGUUUCCAUUCAAGACCUCAGUCUAGCUCUGGACGGUCUACACCAUCGACAGCAGGAAGUUCCAUGUUUAUGGAUGACAUUAAGCAUGAGGUCAUGGUGAACUACUUGUAUCAGCAACAGUGCUCCCAGCUUUGGGUCAGCGAUGGCUCGGGUGAAAUUGAAGGCGUCCUUCUCAGAAAAGUGCGCGGCCACUAUAUGGCCUGUCCUCCUCAACUUGGCAACUCGCCGUUCGCCAUGGCUUGCGCAGCUAUGAACGUUCAGUCGGCUAUGACUGUGAAUUCCCGAGUCAUCAAGACCUUUCUGCAGUGGUCGCCAGAUGCCGUCGAUGUUCCCCUGAUGAAUGGUCUGCGAGUCCAGAUCCUGCCGACCAUUGAGGAUCUUCCUCGGGCGCGAAAACACCAGUUUGCGGCUUUCGUUGCUUCCGAAGGGCUUUUGAUUGUCUGGGAUGACGACCCUCUGCAUCUAGUUCAGCGUGCCAAGGCCAUCGAAUCAGAGCUCAUGGAGCUCGUGUGGAAGGCCGGUAACACUGACGACGAAGACGACGAGAAGAAAAUGGGCAAUGUCGCCGAGGCUGAGAUUGACGAAGAGAGCGGUGAGGUGAAGCCCGAGAAGCGACCAAUUCACCUUCAAAACACUGUCUUGGUAUCUCUUACUCUCAUUCUGGUGACCGUUUCUCUCGGGGCUGCCUGGCGUGAGCUGGCCAUUGAAGUUUCUGUCGACGGCAGCUAUAUUCGUUUAGCGCUCGUAGCCUUGUUUCCCAUCCAAAUCUUCUUCACGCUCUUCUUUGCUCAGGUCAUUGUCGGCUGCCUGGCUCAAAUUUUUGGUCCCAUUCGUCAACUUACAAUCAACUCCAAGUUUUACUCUGCGAGACCUCCUCCACGCCUGCAAACGCCAAUUCUGCCCCAUGUCACCAUUCAGUGUCCCGUGUACAAGGAAGGUCUCCAAGGCGUCAUUAUUCCAACCGUCAAGUCCAUCAAGCAGGCCAUGUCGACUUACGAGCUCCAAGGCGGAUCAGCCAACAUGUUUGUCAACGAUGAUGGUCUGCAGCUAAUCUCAGAGGAGGAUCGUCGCGCCCGUAUCGAAUUCUAUGCAGAUAACAGCAUCGGCUGGGUUGCUCGUCCCAAGCACGGUGAGAAUGGCUUCCAACGUAAGGGCAAGUUCAAGAAGGCGUCCAACAUGAACUUCGCCCUCAUGAUCUCCUGCAAGGUCGAGGAAAAGCUACAAGCCAUCAACCGUUCGCCUGAGUGGAGCCAGCAUGAUGAGGCGCAAGCUUAUGAGCAAGCUCUCAAGGAAGUCCUCGAGGCAGAUGGUCGCGCCUGGGCGGAUGGCAACAUUCGUGUCGGCGAUUAUAUUCUUCUCAUUGACUCGGAUACCCGGGUUCCAGCUGACUGUUUCCUUGAUGCUGUUUCUGAAAUGGAGCAAUCACCCGACGUCGGCAUCAUGCAAUUCUCUUCUGGUGUCAUGCAAGUCGUACAUACCUACUUUGAGAACGGUAUCACGUUUUUCACCAACCUCAUUUACUCGGCCAUUCGAUACACCGUGUCCAACGGUGAUGUCGCCCCUUUUGUCGGUCACAAUGCCAUUCUUCGGUGGUCUGCCAUCCAACAAGUCUCUUAUCAGGAUGAAGACGGCUAUGACAAGUUCUGGUCCGAGAGCCAUGUGUCGGAGGACUUCGACAUGUCGCUCCGUUUGCAGUGCAAUGGCUAUAUUAUUCGUCUUGCUGCUUGGGCGGGUGAAGGAUUCAAGGAAGGUGUUUCUCUGACUGUAUAUGACGAGCUUGCUCGAUGGGAGAAGUACGCCUAUGGCUGCAACGAGCUGCUUUUCCAUCCCAUCCGCACCUGGCUCUGGCGCGGUCCAUUCACGCCUCUGUUCCGCCGCUUCCUCUUCUCCAACAUUCGCUUCACCUCCAAGAUCACGGUCGUUUCAUACAUUGGAACGUAUUAUGCCAUCGGCGCGGCCUGGAUCAUGACCACUGCCAACUACUUCCUGAUGGGCUGGUUCAAUGGGUACCUCGACAAGUACUAUGUUGACUCCUGGAAGGUGUGGUUUUCCAUCAUCAUUGUCUUCAACGGUCUUGGUAACGUCGCCCUCGCCGUGAUGCGAUACCGAGUCGGUGAGCGCAACAUUCUGUACGCACUCUUUGAGAAUUUUAAGUGGACAAUCAUGCUGGCAAUCUUUUUGGGUGGUCUGUCGCUGCACGUCAGUCAGGCUCUUUUGGCUCACAUGUUUGAGAUUAACAUGACGUGGGGUGCCACGAGCAAGGAAGCCGAGUUUUCCAACUUUUUCAUCGAGGUCCCCAAAGUUUUGAAAAAGUUCAAAUUCUCCAUGCUCUUUGCACUCCUCGCCAUCGCCGGCAUGAUUAUUCUGGCUGUCGCCCCCUUUGUUCCCCACGACUGGCGCAUCACCGACUUUGUGGCUAUCUUACCCAUGGCCACCGUUUCCGCCAGUCACUUUCUCCUCCCGCUGGCUCUGAACCCUGCCCUCAUGACAUUCUCAUGGUAA